GGAUCGCGGGCCUCGCUCCCGCCGGCCAUGGCGGCCCGGCCCUGCGCGGGGGCCCCCAGCGCGGCGCUUCAUGGAGCGGCCCCGGCCCAGCCGCCGGGCGCAGCGCGAUCCCACGGGGCCCUGUGAGCCCCCCCGCGCCGUGGCACCAUGUUGCUGGUUGAAAAGACAACCGACUCCCCGGCGGCUGAGUUCUCGCUGGUGGAGGAUGUGGCCCUGCACUUCGCCUGCUUGAUGGGCCGCCUGAACGAGCAGCGCCUCUUUCAGCCCGACCUGUGCGACGUGGACCUGGUGCUGGUGCCCCAGCGCAGCGUCUUCCCGGCCCACAAGGGCGUGCUGGCUGCCUACAGCCAGUUCUUCCACUCGCUCUUCACGCAGAACAAGCAGCUGCAACGUGUCGAGCUUUCCCUGGAGGCCCUGGCACCCGGUGGCCUGCAGCAGAUCCUCAACUUCAUCUACACAUCCAAGCUGCUGGUCAACGCCGCUAACGUGCACGAGGUGCUCAGCGCUGCCUCGCUGCUGCAGAUGGCCGACAUCGCUGCGUCCUGCCAGGAGCUGUUGGACGCCCGCUCCCUGGGCCCACCAGGUCCCAGCACCGCAGUGGCACUGGCCCCACCAGCUGCCAGUUGCACCCCGGCCACGCCACCCUACUACUGUGACAUCAAGCAGGAGGCUGAUGCCCCUGGCCUGCCUAAGAUCUAUGCCCGUGAGGGCCCUGACCCCUACUCAGUGCGUGUGGAAGAUGGGGCGGGUACUGCUGGGGACGCAGUGCCAGCCACCAUGGGGCCUGCACAGGCCUUCUUCAAGGAGGAGAAGGAAGCCAGCUUGGAAGAGGCUGGCGGCGUGUGCAAGCUGGAGGGGGCCGAGGAGAUGGAGGGCACGCUGGGGGCCCCAGGUACCUAUGGCCGCCAGGAGCAGUCCCAGAUCAUUGUGGAGGUCAACCUCAACAACCAGACACUGCACGUGUCCACGGGGCCCGAGGGCAAGCCGGGUGCAGGGUCGGGCGCAGCCACUGUGGUGCUAGGCCGGGAGGAUGGGUUGCAGCAACGCUCGGAGGAUGAGGAGGACGAGGGGGAAGAGGGGGAAGAGGAGAGAGAGGAGGGGGGGAGGAGUGGAGGUCGGGAGGAGGAGGAGGAGGGAGGCAGUCAGGGAGAAGAGGAGGAGGAGGAGGAGGAGGAAGGGCACAGCCAGCAAGAGGAGGAGGGGCACAGUGAGCAGGACCCUGAGAGCUCUGAGGAGGAAGAGGAGGAAGAGGUGGGGGAGGAGGAAGGGGAGGCCACAGGCAGGCAGGGCUCAGCAGGGCCUGGGGGGUGUCAGCCCGGCCAGGCGGACGCCACUCCCCAAGGCCGCAUGGCCACACGGUCCUGGGAGAACCCACGGCGCCAGGCUGCGGCUGAGCCUGAAGAGGCCAGGCGGCGUGGGAAGCGGCCGAAGCCCCCCGGGGUUGUGGGCACCCCGGCCCACGCACCAUCGGCCACAGACGGGCUGGGGGCCAAGGUGAAGCUGGAGGAGAAGCAGCACCACCCGUGCCAGAAAUGUCCCCGGGUCUUCAACAACCGCUGGUACCUGGAGAAGCACAUGAAUGUGACACACAGCCGCAUGCAGAUCUGCGACCAGUGUGGCAAGCGCUUCCUGCUGGAGAGUGAGCUGGUGCUGCACCGGCAGACGGACUGUGAGCGCAACAUCCAGUGUGUGACGUGUGGGAAAGCCUUCAAGAAACUGUGGUCCCUUCACGAGCACAACAAGAUCGUGCACGGCUAUGCGGAGAAGAAGUUCUCCUGUGAGAUCUGUGAGAAGAAGUUCUACACCAUGGCGCACGUGCGCAAGCACAUGGUGGCCCACACCAAGGACAUGCCCUUCACUUGUGAGACCUGCGGGAAGUCCUUCAAGCGCAGCAUGUCUCUCAAGGUGCAUUCCCUGCAGCAUUCCGGGGAGAAGCCCUUCCGCUGUGAGAACUGCAGCGAGCGCUUCCAGUACAAGUACCAGCUGCGCUCGCACAUGAGCAUCCACAUCGGCCACAAGCAGUUCAUGUGUCAGUGGUGCGGCAAGGACUUCAACAUGAAGCAGUACUUCGACGAGCACAUGAAGACGCACACGGGGGAGAAGCCGUACAUCUGCGAGAUCUGCGGCAAGAGCUUCACCAGCCGGCCCAACAUGAAGCGGCACCGGCGCACGCACACCGGGGAGAAGCCCUACCCGUGCGACGUGUGUGGCCAGCGUUUUCGCUUCUCCAACAUGCUCAAGGCGCACAAGGAAAAGUGCUUCCGCCCAGGACCCAGAUGUGGCUGUCACGACAGGAACUCACCUGGCUUAAAGGACAGGAAUCCUGGGAUUGUUCUCAUCACCAACCGACCUUUUUUUCUUUCCGUUUUUCUCCCUGAGGUCACUCAAGAGCCCUUCUGGCAUCUGGACUUCUUGCAGCAUGGUCAUCUUUGGUCAGCUGAGAAGAGGCGGACAUAAGGAAGGCACUCAGUGCCUGAGCUCACCCUCUAUGCCUGCUGCCUGGAAGACUUGAUGUGAGCCUCCACACCCUGCAGCCUUCUUAGCAGCAAACCAUGCAUGCUGGUUGCCUUGGGGUUAGAGAUCUUCGGGGGACGGGGGGGGGGGGUGGUUCCCAGCGUCAGGGUCUCAGACCACACAGCCUGAUGGCCAGGGGCCAGAGCCCAUGGAUGGUCCAGUGGACCUGGAAGAGUGGCCACCAGCAGAUUCCACCCUGCAGUCCCUCUGCUUUCUCUGCCAAAACACGAGCCCUGCCCCUUCCUGCUUUCUUUUCUGCGGAAGUCUAGGAAGCAGGGGUCACGUGGAGAAAGCAGCCCAGCAGGAGGCUGUGUGCCCAGGGAAGGUGGAAAUACAAGGUUGGGCUCCUACCUCAGGGCAGCAGUAGGAGGUGGGAACUGUCCAAGAAGCAGCAAGCCUGUGUAGGGAAUGCAAGCGGCCACCAAAUGUGACAAGUAUCUGCCACAUAUGACAGCAAGGCUACUCCAUAGCAGCUAACCAGCUACAGUGAAACACCUGAGGCAGGCCCCUCAGGAGGAGGAGGUUGGGUUAGCACCCCGCUCUGGGGCUCAGGGGCAUGUUCCCACAGUGGCUCAGUUCUGCCAAGGUCCCCCCAUUGGGUCCCUUUGAGGUGGGAGCCCAUGGCAAGUACAGGUGUGGAGUCAGGAAAUCGCAUCUCAGCCCAGGAAGCCAGAGCCGCGGUGGGGGCUGGCUCAGGCCUGGCUGCCAACCUUCUCCUGAGACCCACGGGGGGCCUCAGGGGAACCCACUUAAUCUAUUCCUGGGGCAGAGCCCAGUGACCUAAGGACCCCCACCCGGCCACCACCUCCUCCACCACUCCUGCGCCAUCGGGUGGGUGACAUUUAACCCACAGCGUAGCCUGAGAGCUAUUGCAGUGGGUGGUGGGUGCAGGAGAGGUGGCGGGAUACUCUUCUACUCUUGCACUGUAUCUUUCACAUUUCUCAUCAUUAUAAUUAAAAAUAAACAGUAGCUCUGAGUGGA